AAUUUUUUUUUAAAGGAGUUACAAUUGUCCAGCAAAAAUACACGGUAGGAGAAAUAUAGAUUGUGGGUCUCGCUGCUAGCGUGGGUCAUUCAUAGUUGGAAAUUCCGAUUAUUAUGAAUAUUCAACUCGUGGUCUACAAAUUUGCCAAUAACAAGCCAACCAAGAGUACUGCGAGCAUUUCUCGCUUUUCAAACAUCCGCUGCAGCAUGAAAACAACUGUUCGCAGUCUUCGCGGAAACUAACAACGUUCUGAACUGGUGUGUCUCAUACAAGCCUUUUACAUGAUAGUAAACGCAUGGUAAGUAUUGAGCAGGGAAGCGUUGCAGGGGUUAGGGAAUCCCAGAACAGUUUGACUAUAGUGGAGUGGAGAGAUGGCGGAAUUGACAUAAACGAUGGGUGCUCGCGGAUUUGUUAUUGUCUUUCAAGCCAUGGUGCUUCCCUUUGAAGAAGCCAAGCUGUGGCGGACGUUUGUCAUCACCCUAGCAGCAUGUCUUUGUGUAUCCUUACUUGUCAUCGCCUGGCUUCUGUACCGUUUGGAUGUACAAAAAGCUCGGUUCCAGAUCCUGCUGAGGAGAGCGCAUUCAUCUCUCCAUAGCAGGAGCUCCACAGCUCCAAAUGAUACAGGCUUGACGAGGCUGAGUGGUCCAGUCCAGCUAGAGUCCGACCAGGAGCGGCUUGGCAGUUUAGGCACAAUACAACCUCUACUCAGUGACCGCGCACUGCAUAAUAGCGAACGGUGUGUACAGUGUCUAGAUGACUGUGCAAGUAUCGCAGAGCAUGCCGCACCUACCGCUCGCUAUCUGGGAUCAACUUCUACAAGGGAUGUACAUGCGCCGGUACAGGGAGAUGCGUUACCGGAGGCGGAGACACCAUGUGAUCACAAUCCAACCAUACAUGUGACCACUGUGACUAAAGUCGACACUGGUCUGGCGCGCACCCAGCGAUUCAAUUCUGUGCCCGUGCGAACUCCGGCUACACCAGCACGCUCGGCCAGCGUCGCCAGUGAGUAUCCGCAUCGCUCCAAAUACGCAGCACCAAAGUCGAGCCAGACAGCUGUUAUCCAUGAGGGUACGAGCGAAUCACCGUCUCUAGGACCAAGACGAAGUGUCAGGGAGCUGAACAUGGAUAGCAAACGGUGGUCGCAGGUGCAGAGAGAGGCAACAACAAUUGCAGUUGUGAAUAGGUCUGGAAUGGACGAGCCCAGCCAUAAGCAAAGUAACCCUAAGCGUAUGUCCCGAGCCGUCAGCCCUACGUUUACAAGCACAUUUCGCAUUGGCAGGCCACAGACGGCACCUGCAGGAAAUACUAUUGCCCGCGCAAGUAUGUGUCAGGAUGACCAGGGAUACAACCUGGAACCAGAUCUGGUCAUCACCUCAACACCGCUUUGAAUGCUAUCACAAACGCAGCAGGAUCUUUAACAUUUUAUGAUUUUCAUUUGUUCGCAGCAGGUGUUUAACCCUUAAUACCCAUGUUUCUACCUUCUCUUUUUGGAAUCUCCACAAGCCACCCUGAAAACCAUAGGAGGUCAUAAUACCCUUUUUCAUGAAUACACUCACAUUCCAAGGCCUUUUACAAUCUCAAUUGCUAGAUGCGUUCAAGUAUAUAAAAUUGAAAUACAAUCAAGCCAUGGAGAAUCAGUAAUGGCGGAAUAAUAAUGCUGCACUGCGGGCUACUUAUUACAUUAAAACAAUAAUAAUUAGUUUACACAUGGAAUGGCUGAAUUGUUAUCAUGUUGGAUACAGUCCUUUGUGUUCAGAACACAUUUUCUCAACUUUUGGAAAAGAUUUAUACAUAUAUGUAAUAGCUGGAUUGUUCAUUUGCUAUUGUUUACCAAUUCCACAUGAAGAAGA